GACAUUUUUGUGCAGAAUAUCUAUAGGAAGUUUUGAGAGAAGGAGUUCCAUCCUUCCAGGCCAUUGGCCUGGUGUAGGAUUGUUUAGGGCCAAGAAAUGGGAUAAGGUGGUUGGUUUGGGGGGGAUAGUAGGGGAGCAACUUUCACUGGUGACGGGAGAAGACAUGUCCCCCCCACAUUCUGAAAUUGCAUCCCCCCACCAGAUUUAUCAUUGUUAUGUGAUACAAAACUAGGCAAAGGUGUGCUUUAGGACCAUGCAGAUACCUCCAAGCGUUGCGGUAGGCUGUGUGGAGUGUUUAUCCGACUGGAUAAAAAAUCAUAAUAAUAAUAAUAAUAUUAUGUCCCCUCCACUACUAAAACAAAAGUUGCACCCCUGGUGGAUGGUGUAUAGGUGCAGGGUUAGAUGGUGUAUAGGUGCAGGGUUAGAUGGUGUAUAGGUGCAGGGUUAGAUGGUGUAUAGGUGUAGGGUUAGAUGGUGUAUAGGUGCAGGGUUAGAUGGUGUAUAGGUGCAGGGUUAGAUGGUGUAUAGGUGCAGGGUUAGAUGGUGUAUAGGUGCAGGGUUAGAUGGUGUAUAGGUGCAGGGUUAGAUGGUGUAUAGGUGCAGGGUUAGAUGGUGUAUAGGUGCAGGGUUAGAUGGUGUAUAGGUGCAGGGUUAGAUGGUGUAUAGGUGCAGGGUUAGAUGGUGUAUAGGUGCAGGGUUAGAUGGUGUAUAGGUGUAGGGUUAGAUGGUGUAUAGGUGCAGGGUUAGAUGGUGUAUAGGUGCAGGGUUAGAUGGUGUAUAGGUGCAGGGUUAGAUGGUGGUGCAAUGUACGUUUUUCACAUUCCCCUUUAUUUGUUGGUUUCGUCACAAUGUGGAAUUCACAUUCAGAACUGAGAAAUGCAGCAAUAUUCCAAAAAGCGUCUAGUCGGCCGGAAAUUCACAAGAAGAAGCCGAAACAAGGGUGGUUUAACUUACCCCACUCUCCCCUACUGCUCUGCCCUUGAGUUCAGACGUGGCGCCGGGUCUGAACUGUCUUUAUACCUCAGAGGUCUGAACACCAAGUUCCAGGAUAUCAUCAUCUACACUACAGACAGACCCUAAUUUCAACCCAAUUUAUCCUGAAGUCUGAGAAAACAUGUGGCGGAAGGCUGCGGGAGCUGCCCUGUUGGCCUUGGCCGUUGGAUACUUCUACCACACCAACCCUGAGCUGCCUGAACAAGUUCUCCAGUACUUGUCCCUGCCUCAUCCAUCCACUCAGGGCGACCCAACCUUGGAGCAGGUUAUCUCCACUGCCUGGGAGACCCUAAUAACGGCCCCCGCCAGCCAGUGGGGCAGGGUGGCAGUAGGGGUGAAUGCAUGUGUGGAUGUUGUGGUGUCGGGGAUAGGGCUGCUACAGGCUUUGGCUGUGGAUCCUGGGUUGGGCCGUGACCAUGAAGUGUUACACUCUAAAGAGGACCUGAAAGAGGCUUUCAUCCACUACAUGGAGAGGGGGUCCGCGGCGGAGCGUUUCUUCACCGACAAAGAGGUCUUCCAGAGGAUUGCACGGGCCGCUGCAGAGUACCCUGGUGCUCAGCUAUAUGUUGGAGGAAAUGCUGCUCUCAUUGGACAGAAACUUGCCACAUACCCUCAGCUGAUGGUUCUGCUAUGUGGGCCUGUUGGGCCUAAACUACAUGAGAUGCUGGACGAGCAAAUCGUUGUACCCCCCGAGUCCUUGCAGGAGACUGAUGAAUAUCACCUAAUUCUGGAGUACAAAGCAGGGGAGCAGUGGGGUGCGACACGGGCUCCCCAAGCCAACCGCUUCAUCUUCUCCCAUGACGUGUCCAAUGGGGAGAUGAGAGCACUGGAGAUGUUCGUGGCCAGCCUGGAUGAGUUCCAGCCAGACCUGGUGGUCCUGUCCGGUCUGCACAUGAUGGAGGGCCAGGGGAGGCAGAUGUGGGAGCAAAGGCUCAAAGAGGCAGUGGCGGCCAUUUCUGACGUCCGCAAUGCGGUCCCCGUCCACCUGGAGCUAGCAAGCAUGACUGACAAAGACUACAUGAACAGCAUCAUGCAAGAGCAGGUCAUGCCCAUAGUGACAUCCAUCGGGCUGAAUGAGCAGGAGCUACUUUUCCUCUCCCAGGCCGGCACAGGGCCUCACGCUGAGCUGGCCUCCUGGGGGGGCAUACCGGAUGUAGGCCGCGUCAGUGACAUCCUCCUGUGGGUCCUUGAGCAGCAUGGACGCAGUGACCCCGAGUCGGAGGCUGACCUCACGCGUAUCCACUUUCACACUCUGGCGUACCAUGUCCUUGCCACUGUGGACGGGCACUGGGCCAACCAGGUGGCCGCCGUGGCAGCAGGGGCCCGUGUGGCCAGCAUCCAGGCCUGCGGCCUCCAAAGCAUAGAUGCCAGUAAGGUGGUCCUUAGAGCUCCGCUGGAGUUCCACAGCUCCCACGGCGAACCUAGAGAGAAGUUGUCCCUGAACCCAACUGAGCCUGUCACUGUUUGGCACCGUGGCAACGUGACCUUUCACCUUGCACCCGUGCUGGUCUGCAAGCAGCCACUCCGGACAGUAGGGCUUGGGGACGCCAUCUCAGCAGAGGGGCUCGUAUACUCUGAGAUCAGGCCACAGCUACCAUUUUUGUGAGGUCCUUUUUUGUUGCACUCUUGUUCUUUUAUUGUAUGGUGGUGUGCACCAUAUCUCCCCAACCAACCAGUGAUGUCUUUACCUGUACUGUAGCUUUUUCUUGGGUUGAAAUUCUGAUCCUUGGUUAGCUAAGUAUUUUGCACUGGGCACAGUUUAAGCCAUUUCUGUAACUCCAAGGAGUUGUGCUGGGUUACCUCUUAUUUCAUUUGCCUUGUGAAAAUUCUAUGUAAAUGUUUGUGUACAAAGACAAUGCCAAAGCUGCUUGUCAGUUUGGUUUGGAGGGGGGAAAUAGAAAAACAUUCAGUGAUAUGGGCUCCAUAAGUAGCGGUGCGAUUUCAGACAGGGUUUGAGCUUUCAUGCUGCACAAUAGAGGAGCAACCUCCUGUGCACAUAUGCAGAUGCUGAACAGUGCCAAUGAGUUCAGCCUCUUGUAUCACACUCUUUUGGAAGUUUAUUUUCACAUCCUCUCACUGAGUCUUAGUUCAAUUUCCUUCAAUAAUCUUUUCUUGUUGACCCUGUUCAGAACAAGCUCCCUCAUCCAAGCACUAUAGUUGGGGAAAAUGGGGUAAGUUGAGCCAAAUGGUUAGUUGAGCCACCCCUUGUUUCUAGGAAACUAUACAUUUUGUGUAUCAUGUGACCAAAUAUUUAGGAAGAGGUCAUAAUUUCAUGAAGUCUGGGAAGGAAGAAACCACAUGGAAAAAGUGGUCCAAAGGGUAAAAAAAAAAAAAAAGAUUUUCUCUGUCAAAUUAAUUUCUGUUAUAGGUUUCAUGUUUGUAUCUAAACCAAAGUAGAUUGUUUUAUACAUUAGUUGCCGUUUCUAUAAGCUGCAAUAUGAUGCAAUAUGAGGUCCUAAACCUAGCAUUAAAGUGCAUCCUUGUAGCUACAGUAUAUGGGCUAAUUGAACCAAUCACUACCAUACCCCAUACAAAUGAUGAUUAUUUGGUUAGUUGUAUGCACAAUAUGCAUAGUAUUUUAGCAAUGUGUCAUGGAUAUGAACUCGAGUAGUGUAUUUUUAUUGUUACAGCACAGACAUCAUGCCACGUGUGUACAAACGUAAAACAAGCAGCGGUCUAGCCCCCCUUUAGCUUCUUGAGAGCAGCCAAGGAAGGGAAGAAGUCCAUUCAAGCAGCUGCAGCAAUGGAUGAAAACAAUGUACUGAAUGACACUGAAGAGGUACUAUAAUGUUUAACCGCAAGUAAAAUACAUGUUGGAUAAACAUUUAAAAAAGACAGUCCUGAUGGAAAACCACAUUUCUUAGUAAACUUUCCAAAUGUCGACAAAACAAAAUAUGCCAGACAAGGGUGGGAUCUUUUUGUGUCUAUAAAAUGUGUUAUGUGAGAAAUGGUGGUGGAAAAGCUUUUAUGCAUAAAUAUUGAUUUAACUAUAUCAAUAACCACCAGGCAUUAUACACAAGGCUCAUUCCUCUGCACAGGUGUUGCUGCUACCUGGCAGAUCUGGAUAGGUAUUUUAUAUAUCAGCUAUAUACACAUGUUAUAGCAAUCUGUCAGUCAAUGACACCGUUGAUGUGGCACGCAAACAUUGGUUGAUGCAUGCAAUGUCUGAGCAGGGGAAUGUGACCAAGGUCUUAUCUGACGACAUGGAGUCUGACUUGAUAAACAUAUCAAGAAUCUUGCGGACCAGUUUUAUGGGCUUAGUAGCCUCAAAUACAGAGAACAUGCCUAUAAUUUGGCACAUCAAAACUACUUCCGUGUCCCAGACAACGGCUUAAGAAAUUGAAUAGUAAGUGGUAUUGAACAGAGCGAUCUAUAUCAAUGUAGGCAUACAUUUAACAUAUACAAUAUACCACACUCCCAUCCAUGAAUUAAACAUUGCCCUACCAGCAUCAUCACCCACUUAGGGUAAGUUGUGCCUAGAGACCACUUUUUGUGGACAAGUAUGUUUUCAAAAUGUAUACUAUAUUUCCCUUGACAUAGUGAUGCUGAAUGUAAAAAAAAAGUAGUAGAAUCUCACAACUACAUCCCCUCAUUACAAUCAAUACAACACCUGUGCAAACUGGGGCAGGAGCUAGAAGUUAACCACCCAGACAGUUUUCUGUGGGGAUUUGGUCAUUUAGUUUUCAUUUGGCCAAAUGAAUACAUUUAAUCCAUCAAUGAAAACAGUGAUGAAGCAAAAACAAAUGUUAUUUUGGGUUGGCGCGAGAACUUAUUACUUAAAUUAAGGGGUAAUAGUUUAGGGCUUCGUUCAGGCUUAAAGUGUCCCCUUUUUUAACGGAGCCUUUACAAGUUUCCAUGGCAUGCAGAUGAUAGGACCUGUUGAUAGGACCUGUUCAAUACCCACAAAGUGCAGUAGGAAGGGUUGUGACUGACAUGUCCUAUGACACACCCAGCAGACAAGGCUGGUAUGGAAGAUUGCUCACCCAGACUGGGUUUCCCAAACUCGGUGCACGUUUUGGUUUUUGCUCCGUCACGACACACCUGUUUCAAAUAAUCAACUAAUCAUCAAGCUUUGAUCAUUUGAAUCAGCUGUGUAGUGUUAUGAAAAAAACAAAAUGUGCACCCCUUGGGGUCCCGAAAACCGAGGUUGGGAAACGCUGCAGUAGUAACUCUUUAGCACAUCUGAUGAGACUGCUAUCUAUUCUAGUACUUGGUUGCUGUCCUCUGGCUAGCUGUUUGCCCUGUCGCUCUCUGUUUGAAUACUUUGAAUGCCAGUAGCACACAAAAGCUGUACUCCUACAGCUGUCAUGACAUCCACCUAAGCCAGAAAUAAUAUUUGGAUCUCUUGUCCGCAAUGGCAGACGUACACAAGCAUUCCAAGCCUAUCUGUAUCCUUGACUCACAACUGGGUCAAGCAGACUAUGAGGGGUGAAGUGUGUCAAUGAAAUACUUCAUAUUAUUGUGAAUUGUCACUUUUUGUUCAGCUAUUUUGAUCAACUUUACAAGUAAACAUGUAAAUUAUACCUGUUACACUGCAACUAAUGAAGCCCCUUGUUAAAACUCCUACAAAGACGGAUUGUUACUGACAGGGUGCUAUUGGACAUUGCACACAGCAGACUGUGAUGAAAGUCUGCAGACCCAGUAUGGCGAGAGUACGAUCUAGUACUUUGCUGUUGUCCUCUGGCUAGCUGCUUGCUCUAGCUUCUGCCAGUCUGACUGAAUGAUACAAUGAAUAAUGCAAAGAUGUACUUCUACGGCUGUGUAGUCUACUCUGCUGCUGUCAGGACAUCCACCUCGCAGCCGGAAAGUACUAUGUUAAUCUCCAGUCCACAAUGGCGGACGUACACAAGCAUUCCAAGCCCAUCCUUGACUCACAACUGCAUCAAGUGCAGAUUGUGUGGUGUCCAGCCACUAUGUAAAGUCAAGCAAUUAGAAUAAAACAUAAUAUUAAUAUUCAGAGUUGCUGCUUCCCCCCCCAGCUAAUUUGUAAAGAUUUAGGGCUGUCUUGUUUAUCCUAUGUAGGACAUGCCACAUGGGCAAUUCAACAUGUUAAUUAUUCCUGGUAACUGAUGGAGCCCAUCAUUUCUACGUCUUGGUAUACGCCAUGUUUAUUGGUUUCACAUCAAUUGUGAACUUGAGUAAUUAAGUAGAGGAAAGAUCCAUUUUAAAAGUAUUUGAAAGCACCAUCCAUGCUCAAACAUCACUUACCUUACUGCUAUAAAGAACUGGAAAGAUUUUUGUUGUUGUUUUGAAGCCCAAGGUACAUUUUUGCUUUGUUGCUGCGAAACUGAGAAUUGGGAUGGUACAAAACAGAGCAAUCAUAAGCUAUGCAGAACUUAUUUGUCUCGAAUCUCAUUGCUUUCUUAGCCUGGUGGAACCAGACAAAGCUUAUGAUAGCUCACAUUGUUUCACUUAAAUGAAACUUGAGCAUAGCGGUCAGUCUGCUUCAUAUAGAUCCUAUUAAAUUACUAGAGAGCCUAUGUCAUGAAUCCUCAAAGUUCCAUAAUGGUAUGAUAAUGGCAGCCAUUUUGGUCAGGGAGAAAUCCAAACCACUCUAGUUGCGGGAAAUGGGUUCAUGUUAAUUGAACGCAGACGUUCCAUUGACCAGAAUGGCGCACAAUCAACAAAUCUGAUCUAACAAUUUGGAGAUUCUUCAAAUCCGUCAUGAUUUAUGUAUUGUAACAGGCCCACAAUGUGCUUACUUGAGUCCGAUUUUGAUACAUUUGGCUGUUUUUGCUGCAUGUAGAGGCUGUCCCUUUUCAGGUUUAGAAGUGACUGCUAAAUGUGAACUCCCGUUCGUAUAAAUUGGUUAGCAUAGAGAAAUCAUUGUUGGUAGUGGGUCGUUUUUAACUGUAAUGCAGUUGAUCGGUAACGAUGACAUGAACAUGUGUUGGGGUUGGCAUACAUACAAGCAUUAUAUUCUGAUGUUUACCUCAACAGUGUGAAAUACACAUAAACAAUUGCCUAAAUGUAGACUAAUGUUGCUGGUGGUCAAUGAGGAGACUUUGUUUCACCCCCACGCGUUUCCAUGGCAAUUCCAUUGUUUUGGUCGAGUACGUUUGACCUUUAUACCGCAUAUAUUUCAAAUGAAUAGCAGAAGAGGCAUAGGUGAUGUGUUUCCUGCUUGUACCUAUGCAGGAACAUAAAAGGCAUGCGAUAUCAGAAAUUGUGUAAUAGAAUUGUCAACCUAAAAUACUGUCAUAAUUAUAAAUACAGUUUAUACAGGUUUUAUUCCAAUGUUCUGUAUAAAUAACCUCUAAAAUAUGUAAACCGACCAUAAAUGUCCACAUUUUUGUUUUCUUGGAAAGCUGUGAGUGUUAUUAUAUGAGUACUUCAUAUCAUCAACUGAUUUCAGACAGUGUAUGGCUGUGGAUUGACUGCAUUGUUUGUUUGGAAUGUUAAUUAGAAAACAUUUAUGGAAUCAUUCCACUAAAACUGGUUGGCUAGAUAACAAACAUACAGUGCAGAUAAUCUUCAAAUUCAUUGUUUUACACAAUAGCGUAUCCAGUGGUGGCUGGUGGCACUUUAAAUGGGGAGGACCUGCUCAUAGUAAUGGCUUGAAUGGAAUGGUAUCAAUCACCAACCAUCCUCCCCUCAACAGCUUCCCCUGCUCUUAUCACAGCACUGGCUGACCAUGGUUGACCAACUCCCUUACCAAAAUGGCUGAUCUUUUAUACUGUCAUGAGAAGGUUCAUGUCCAUUCUAGUAUUCUAAUUCCUAAUUCUAUCGUCUGCUUGACCAAGCUACUGCUUUAUUGUAUGAUCAUGGGAAUGUGCCAGUCUUUGACAGCUUUGUGUUGAAAUAGUGACUGUAAAUAUGCAUUUAGUAAGAAAUUGAGUAUUCCUUUUCAUUGCGGUGAAAAUGUUAGGGACAAUGGUUUGGUAAUACAGUUUGAGAGUUGCUAGGGUUUUCAGGGCAUUCUUCUGAGGCUGGUGAGACAUAUUCCUACUUCCUUCGCUGAUUUCAUCUGUUGUUUUUGUUCGAUAAAUUCACAUCCUACCGUUUGAUUGACACUCAUCAUUGAGGAUGUUGCCCCUUGGAUGGAGCUAUGAUCAAAUUUGGGUGUAGCUGCCAUCAACCACACCUUUUAUAUGCAUAAGUAGGUUUCACAAAUUUUUGUCGGCAAUAUGACAUCAUACAUAUUGUGGUUACUUCCUGCUUACAGAUACUACCACCAACAACAAUAUUCAAGGUGCAGUGGCUAGAUGUAGAUGCGAGCAUAGGUUAUUUACUACUAAUUUUCCAAAGAUAGUUUAGUAUUUACCAGGUAUCAUUAAAGAUGCAUUCUGCCUUGUUCGUGUCUAGUUUAGUCAUUUGUAGCUCUACUGAGUUUUCAGCACUUUAAAAUGAGACUAUUUGAUGUAAUUUCAUAUUAACACCCAUGUCUUACUGUCAAGGAUAGCAGUUAUGGAUAACAGGAUAACAGUUAUGCUAGCUCAUUAGGCGUAAACACUGCAACUUAACAACUAGACCUCCUUUUGAAGUUUACUUCAACUGGUACCGGGCUACCUUCAAACAAGUUUUGUAAGUGUCCUAGAGCAAAACAACCAACACGUUCGUGAAAGUCUCACCUUUCCAUAGAGUGGUCAUAUUAGUUUGUAGGUCAAACCGUUCGGACACUACAGAUGUUUGUGAGAGAACCGAUUUUUGGUAUGUUUCAUGGUCUGACAAAGGCUGCUGUAGCUCGGCCACCUUCCCCCGCAGAUGUGGAAGGCUGUCAUUGGCGUAUGCGGUGGAUUGAGACGCAGCCCAUGCAACAACAACAAAAACAUCUCUAGUUUAAAACACGGAUUUUGAUGGGUAUGUUUUUAUUAUGUUGAUUAGAUUUCCGCGGGGGUGCGGACAUCGACUCUAUUGGGUUAAAAUGUUUAUGGAAAUAUAUAUGGAAGUAGUUUAGUGCCAAAAAAAGGGGUUAAAUAUGGGAAUAAAAAUAUAUAUAAUUUCAGAUAUAGGACAGACACUUUAAAACAAACUUCCUUUUGAGUCUGAAUCUGUUAUUCAAUGCAUUGCUUUGGGCAGUAAGUAAGCAGUAAGUUUCCCCCCCAAAAUAAAUUUGCUUUAAUAUAUUUGUACCUAACUGGGUCCUAAAAUUAUAUAUCAGAUAACUAAAUGAUCCUUGGUAUGACCAUCUUAACACCCCCCCCACCACCACCAGCCCUAUAAUUUGUAAAUAUUUCACAAAUAAAUCAGACACCAUUCUCUUAAAAUAUAGUAUUGGUUUGAAGAUCAAAUACAGCUUCAGUUGACUGAGCCCUUGAUAAUGGGGCAGUUAUACACAAAAUACUCCAUAUGUACAUACAUUGUUUGUCGAUUAGCAGAGUAUGGAAAUCCAUUUUUCCAGUACAAGUAGCUGUGUAAUAUGUGGGGAAAUAAUCUGUGAAUUUUAGAGAUCAAAUGUUUUUUUGUGUGUCAGUGAUAUGCUUAGAAUUUUAGUGAGAAAAUCAGGAAUUUGUCUUAAACUUUGUCUACAACCGUACGGUUGACUCCAUAAUGUUAAUCAUGGGCACAAUCUGUUGUAUGGAAAUAUACUGUACUCUCACCACAAUCAUGUGGACCUUGAACAUAUGAGUACAAUAAUUAUUUAUUAAAAAUCUAUUCUAAAAUAUAAAAUAAUUAUUACUCAAGAAUUCGUCAGACUUUUGUGAAUUAGUGUCCAUUAUGCAGGGUCUUAUGGUCAUCUGAUGUUAAGACUGGAACUCAACUGACAUCUUAAGUUUGGAAAUGUUUUUAUAUUAAUAAAGUCUCCUAUUUUCAUGUCAA